AUGACAAACUUGAUCACUGCUUUGUUUAUUUACUUCUUAUUAUACUUGUUUCUCUUCAAUAACCAUAGCAACUAUGUUGUGGGUUUCACAUCACAACGGCAAGGAGGCAGAUCAACAAUAUUCUAUGAUUUCAAGGUGCAAACUACUAGAAUCACUAAACUAUGUAACACCAGAGACAUUCCAACCAUCAAUGGAAUGUAUCCAGGUCCAGUUGUUUAUGCUCAAGAAGAUGAUAAAGUUAUCAUCAGAGUUACCAACGAAUCCCCAUACAAUAUUACAAUCCACUGGCAUGGCAUCCGGCAGAGGCUAUCGUGUUGGUCCGAUGGUCCUUCCUACAUAACACAAUGCCCCAUGCAAACUGGGCAAAACUUCACGUACGAGUUCACUCUGCAACAACAAAAGGGCACAUUUUUCUGGCAUGCUCAUGUUUCAUGGCUUCGAGCCACUCUUUAUGGUGCCAUUGUUGUUUACACUAAGAAGGGUGUCCCUUACCCUUUCAAGUUCCCCUAUGAAGAGCAUAUCGUUAUAUUAGGGGAAUAUUGGAUGAAAGACAUGGUGCAAAUUGAGCAGGCAGUAUUAGCUAGUGGCGGAGCUCCACCACCGGCGGAUGCUUUUACCAUCAAUGGCCAACCCGGCCCUAAUUAUAAUUGCUCUGCUAAUGAUAUUUAUAAACUAGACGUGGUUCCUGGGAAAACAUACUUGUUAAGGUUAAUCAAUGCAGCUUUGAACCAGGAGCAUUUCUUUGCCAUUGCAAAUCACAAAUUGACAAUUGUUGAAGUUGAUGGAGAGUACACAAAGCCAUUGACCACGGACCGAGUCAUGCUCGGGCCGGGUCAAACCCUAAACGUCCUAGUCACAGCAGAUAAACCCAUAGCAAGAUAUUCAAUGGCCAUGGGACCUUACCAAUCUGCUAAGAAUGUCUCAUUUCAAAAUAUAACAUCAAUAGCUUACUUCCAGUAUUUUGGCGCCACAGCAAAUGACUUAAGUUUACCUGCAGCUUUACCGCGUUUUGACGAUAAUCUUGCCGUUAAGACAGUCAUGGACGGGAUUAAGAGUCUUCAUCCUGUCGCCGUUCCUAAAGAUAUUGACAGAAACCUAUUUGUUACAAUUGGACUAAACGUGCAAAAAUGCCGGUCCAAGAAUCCCCAAAAAGAUUGCAAAGCUAAAGGGGGUGGAGUCAUGGCUGCUUCCAUGAAUAACAUCAGCUUUAGUAACCCUAACAUCUCAAUUUUGGAAGCUUACUACAAGAAUAUCAAUGGUUACUUCACUGAAGAUUUUCCUGGGGUACCCCUGAAGUUCUAUGAUUUUGCAAAUGGGGCACCUAAUAAUCCUCCUAACGACACAAAUUCUCUGAAUGGAACGAGGACCUAUGUCCUCGACUAUGGGACUAGGGUUCAACUGAUCCUACAGGACACCAGCACAGUGUCCACGGAGAACCAUCCUAUUCAUCUUCAUGGCUACAGCUUUUAUGUUGUGGGUUAUGGUACCGGAAACUAUGAUCCUGAUACAGCCGACUUCAAUCUGGUGGACCCACCAUACAUGAACACAAUUGGAGUUCCAGUAGGUGGAUGGGCUGCCAUUCGAUUUGUUGCUGACAAUCCAGGGGUAUGGUUUAUGCACUGUCAUUUGGAGAUACAUUUAUCGUGGGGCUUAUCAGUGGUGUUCAUUGUGAAGAAUGGGGAAGGGCCAUUAGAAAGACUUCCUCCUCCUCCAGCAGACUUGCCCAGAUGCUAG